CAAAGAUAUAUUCUGCAGUGUUAUAAAAAAGUGAAAACUUUUCAGCUUUUGGAAAUGUCUCCUAAUUCCCCUUCAACCGACCUGCCUUUCACAGAUACUUCGCAAAUCUUCCAUCUCUACCUGACAAAGUCGAACACCAAUUGGAAUCUGACACUGGCGGAUAAAACGCCGCUCUACUACGUUCGAACAUUGGUCUUCACCUUUGGAAGACCAGAGAUAACCCUCCAUGCAGGAGACACACGCAAUGGGGAUGUUGUUGCUGUGUCCAACUUUCUGAAACUCUCUUCCAAAUCCAAACUCGGUCUUGGAGACCCCGACAACGUUGGAGAGAUGGUCUGGGAGGACCUGACGAAAGAGAGCAGGGACCACUCUCGAUACCGGUUCGAGAUGACCGUACCGUCUGGCUCUGGCUUUGAAAGGAAAGGCUUUCUUUGGAAACGAACCUCGUCCGUAGGAGUUGAUGGCUCAAAACCUUCUGUGCUCAGCGCGAGAAAUUUCAAGUUCGUCGACGAGCAGACGGAGGAGGUCCUGGGUGCUUAUACAAACAAUGGACUUAAGAGCAUCAAGAAGCAGGGCAAGUUCCAGCUUAAUACGAGUUACGGAAAGGAUUUUGAAACGAUGUUUCUGCUCUCCGGCCUGACGAUCUUGGAGCGUACCAUUCGCCGGGAGGCAGCACGACACAGCGGGGGCGGCGGAGCCUAAGAACACAGAACAUCCCACCCGAACAGAACCGAUCCCGAAUGCGCCAUCAAUCGAUCUCAUGUUUACAUCUGCAAACACGUAUGCUUUAAUGGCUGGAUCAUUGGUGUGCCGGCUCCCCAACGUUGAUAUCUCGGUGGUGUCAAGAAAUUGGCUGUAUGAGAUGGAUAAUAUAUUGAUGUGCCCGCCUUAUCGGCUCAUUUUGCUUCUCGACACCCUUUCUAUUCUCACUGUUUUCUUUUAUUUUCUUUUCCUUUUAUUUUUUUUUUCCCUUCGUCUCCGGAGUUGCGAUAUAUUUCUGCUCUAUACCCAUUGCUUAUUCAUUGAUUUCUUCUCACCCCCUGAAUGUGGGCUGGUCAAGGCUUCCUGACGAGGCUGCAAUUAACUUCAUAUUUGUGGACUGUUUCCAACGCUGAGAGCAGCUUCCCCAGUAUCUACAUGCUUCUGUUCUAUGGAAGUCUGCUAUUUCGAUGCCGAUAUUUACACAUAUAUAGAAUCUUUUUAUACCAAUUCAUUCGACUUGUCCCGCUCGUUUACAUCUUCUUCA